UUUCCCUUUAGAAACCAUUAAAGGAAUCCCGCAGGAAAAGGGGCACAAAAAGACGAGCUUCGCUUUUUCGACGGUUCCCUGAAGCCUCCCUCAUCACUUCACUUUUCUUUGUUCUCCGCCUUACCCGUUGGUACCCAUCGCCCAUCGGAGCCCCGCCAUGGACGAGGUUGGCGCUUACGCGGAGGGGCCAGACGCCGGCGACUCCCGCGGCGGCGGAGGCGGAGGGACGAGCAUCGACAUCACGGCUCUGGACGGCAUCAUGAACGUCAACUCCCUCUUCACCUUCGCUGUCUUCGUCGGCCUCGCCUGGAACCCCUCUUCUUACCCCGACGGCGGCCUUCCGGACGUCGACUGCGCCGUCGGCAACCGGGUAGUGGAGGACCUAGUCUCCUUCCACGUCCUGGCCUUCGCCUCCUUCCUCUUCUCCAGCCUGAUCGCGCUGUGCCUCAAGCAGGCCGUCCGCCUCGUCCGCCCCCACCGCCGCGCCGCGGCGCGCAUCAACAAAGCACUGCUGCGCGGCGGGAUCGUCGCCUCCGCCGUCGGUUCCGUUCUGGGCUGCGGCUUCCUCACGUUGGCCCUCGUCAACGUGGUCCAGGUCAAGCUCGGCAGGCUCGGGUGCAGCGGCAUCGCGGUGGGGGCCAUCGUGCCGCUCGUCACCCUCAUCCCCACCGCCAUGAUCAUCUACAUCGCCAUCAUCUUCUAUGCCUUCACGCGCCGCUCACACCACGGCUUGAGAUGAGCCAGCAUAAGUGAGCUAGGGUUUGGAUUUCUGCUCUGAAUAUUUGCUCCUUAUAAGGUAUUGGACUGAAUCUUAACCGAUCUGGUUUGAGUUGUAUAACAGAAGAGUAUUUGGGACUUCGAAGUCAAAUAGUCCAACUUUAACAUUCGUGUAUUUUGUUUAUCGUCAUAUACUAUUUGAGCUGUUAAAUGCUUAGUAAAUGUCUCUCUCUA